AUGGAAACGACCGAUCUGGUUCACAAAGACGAGGAACCGUAUCAGCGCGUGGAGACCCCACGUGCCACCGCUGUGGACGUUCAUGACCCAGUCAAGCAAUCAAGUACUAAAGACAAAGGUACCGCCAGUGAAUCUGGGAGCUCCAAGUCCAAUCUGCGCGAUGAGGUGGUCCACGACGGCCCCAGUUCCUUCAAGAUCUCACAUCUGUAUCGGUACGCUACGACGUUCGACAAGGUGUCGCUAACAAUUGGUAUCAUCACGACCGGAGCGAACGGCGCAUUGUUCCCUCUCAUGGCUAUUGUAUUCGGUAAUGCUCUCUCGGGGUUUGCUACUACUCCCGUUGAUUUGGAUGCAAUUAAUCGUGCAGCUCUCAACUACCUGUACAUCGCCAUCUUCAUGUUCAUCACGGAUUACGUCUCGUACGUGGCGUUCUACUACAGUGCUGAGCGCCAGAUGAAAGCACUUCGAGGUGAGGCGCUCAAACACAUGCUCUACAUGGACAUCAGCUGGUAUGAUGCCAAUGAUGCACUCAAAUUGUCGAGUCGAUUGACUGGUGACACUGUGAGGAUCAAGGAUGGGAUGGGCCAUAAGCUGGGAGACGUAUUUCGCUACACGAUUCAGUUCAUCGUGGGCCUUAUCAUCGGCUUUACCCGUGGGUGGGAUAUCACGCUCGUGAUGGCCAGUGUGACGCCUCUCAUGGCCAUUUCGCUCAGUUGGCUGAUCAAGACGUUCACAGUCAUGGCCGAAUUCGCUCAAAAAGUGUACGCUGAAGCUGGCUCGGUGGCGGAGGAGACUCUGGGCUCCAUUCGUACAGUGGCGUCGCUGAACGGCGAGCAGAAAGCAAUUCAGAAGUUCGAGAAGAAAAUUCUCGAGGCGGAAAAGCAGAAUAUCAAGCUGAACAACGUGUCGUCGAUAGUUUAUUCGCUGUUCUUAGCGAGUGUUUGGGUCAUGUACUCAGCAGGUUUGUGGUACGGCGGCUGGAAGGCUUCGCAAGGUAACGCAACGCCUGGGGAUGUGUUUGCUGCGUUCUUCGGAGUCAUGAUGGGCACAACGUCGCUGGGCCAGAUCUCACCGAAUAUUUCCGCUGUGUCUAAGGCCGCUGGUGCAGCUGAGGAGCUGUUUGCUAUCUUGGAUACACCCAGCGCCAUUGAUGCCGAGAAGGAAGACGAAGGGGUCAUUCCGGGAAGCUGUGAAGGCAAAAUUGAGGCGGUGAAUGUCAACUUUACGUACCCGAGUCGUCCUGACGCCCAGAUCCUGCGGGACUACAAUGUGACUAUCGAACCGGGUCAAACGGUGGCAUUUGCUGGUGCUAGUGGGGGUGGGAAGAGUACGUUGAUUGCGUUGAUUGAGAGAUUCUACGACCCCACCAGUGGCACGAUUUACCUUGAUGGUCGAGAUGUCAAGACGCUUAAUGUCAAGUGGCUACGUUCACAGAUCGGUAUGGUCUCUCAGGAGCCGGUGCUGUUCGCGACGUCCAUCUUCGAGAACAUCGCUAUGGGUGGCGACAACGUGACUCGUGAAGAAGCCAUAGAAGCGUGCAAGCUGUCCAACGCACACAACUUCAUCAUGUCGUUACCGAAGAAUUACGAUACGCUGGUUGGAGAGAAGGGUGUGUCACUUUCUGGCGGUCAGAAGCAACGUGUAGCCAUCGCUCGUGCUAUCGUACGUAAGCCGAACAUCUUGGUGUUAGAUGAGGCUACCAGUGCGCUGGAUAACGAGAGUGAGAAGAUCGUUCAGGCGGCAUUGAACAAUCUGAUGGCCACGACGAGCAUGACGACGCUAGUGAUCGCGCACCGAUUAAGUACGAUUCGUAGCGCUGACAAAAUCGUCGUGCUAGACGAGGGUCACAUCGUGGAGAACGGCACUCACGACGAACUAUUGCAGAUCGAGCACGGUAUCUACCAGAACAUGUACCGUAUCCAGGAGUUGCGCUCACUGGAAGAAGAACAGGAAGCCGAGAGACGAGAGGCUGCGACCGAACUAGAAAACCCGAAGAUAUCUCGUACUUUAAGUGGCAUAUCAGCUAAGAUGGACAUCUCGGUAAGCGCUGUGGAGAAAAACUCGCUGAUGAAGAAGCCGUUUAACUUCGCCGACUUGUUGAAACUUAACAAACUGGAGCUCAAAUAUUUCAUUCUCGGACUCGUCGGUACCUGUGUUGGGGGCAUAGCACAGCCAGCAUCCGCGUUGCUGAUCACGGGUAUGAUCACCGCCAUGACCGAGCAAUACGGGCAAUACCAGAGCUCUGGCGACAGGUCUCACUUGAGCAAGAUGUAUGACGACGUGCAGCUGUACGGCAUCUUGUAUCUCGUGGGUGCUGUAGUGAUCGCCGUCUUCACGCACUUGCAGUUUUACUGCUUCACCUACAUGCAAGAGAAGAUCACAACGCGGCUACGAACAGAUAACUUUACGGGUUUGUGUCGUCAAAAUGUGGGCUUCUUCGAUGAGAAGGAGAACGCCACGGGUGCCUUGACCGCUGAUCUCGCCACGAACGCCACGAAGGUGUCCAUGUUGUCUGGCGAGUCCCAGUCGUCCUUUUUUCAGGGUGUUUUCACUUUGAUCGCUGCGUUAGUGAUCUCGUUUGGGUUCGGCAGUUGGCUGCUCUCGCUUAUCAUGCUCGGGCUCAUUCCGCUGCUUUUGUUCGGAGAAUUUGCGCGCAUGAAAGAGAUGGAAGGCGCUGGGCUCAUCUCUGACGAUCUCGCUAUCCCAGGAGCACACGCGUCCGAAGUUUUGAGCAAUAUUCGUACUGUAGCCGCGUUGGGGAUCGAGAGAAGGUCCGCAGACUUGUUCGAUGAGCUACUGAAGGAACCACUUCGUAAGGGCCGCAAGGAAGCACAAGUGAACGGAUUAUCGCUUGGUUUUAGCUCGUUUAUUAUGAUGGCGACAAACGCGCUGAUCUUCUGGUUCGGUGGCAAGAAAGUGGACGAUGGGACGGUUGGAUUUGAGGAGAUGAUGCGGACGCUGAUGGCAAUUACGAUGUCGGUUCAGACCGUGAGUAUGGCGUCCAAGUUCAUGAGUGACGCACCCAAGGCGUUCAAGGCUGGGUCGACUAUCUUUGCAAUUCGAGACCGUGUCGCGCCAAUCGACUCAUCCAGUUCAGAUGGCCUGCGUCUACCAACUAUUGAAGGGCGUCUGGAGUUCAAGGACAUUUCCUUUAGAUACCCGACACGUCCGGAGAUCAACGUGCUCAAGCACUACAACCUCACUAUUGAAGCAGGUCAGACUGUGGCGUUCUGUGGACCCAGUGGCGGCGGCAAGAGUACUAUAAUUUCGCUCAUCGAGCGCUUCUACGACCCUGUGGUGGGUGAAGUUCUAUUGGACGGCCAUAAUAUUAAGGAUCUGAACCUGGGUUGGCUACGUAGUCAGAUUGGACUGGUGGGGCAGGAGCCCACGCUCUUCAUUGGAACCAUCGCUGAGAACAUCUCGUACGGCUUCGCAGAGCAGCCGAGUCAGCAACAGAUCGAAGAAGCUGCCAAGAUGGCCAACGCGCACGACUUCAUCACGCAGUUCCCGGACGGCUACGACACUCAGGUGGGAAUGAAGGGGGAGCAGUUGUCGGGAGGGCAGAAGCAGCGUAUCGCCAUUGCUCGAGCCAUUCUCAAGAACCCGAACGUCUUACUGCUGGAUGAAGCCACGAGUGCGCUGGAUUCGGAGAGCGAGAAGGUGGUACAGGAAGCGCUGGACAAGGUGGUGGCGCUGAAGCGACGGACAACUAUCGUCAUUGCUCAUCGGUUGUCGACGAUUCGCCGCGCUGACAAGAUUUGUGUCGUGAGCGGUGGCAAGAUCGCGGAGAACGGAACGCAUCAGGAGUUGUUGCAACUGAAUGGGAUCUACACCAACUUGGUCGAGUCUGCGUCAGGAUAG